UUGCAUUUCUCUUUAGCCCCUCUCUGGGGAUGUGGAUCUGGAGUGACUCCAAUCCAGUGAGUGGGAAAAGAGUCAGAGCCUGGGGACACCAACAGAAAUCCAGAGCGUCCAGAAGAGCUGCCAGAUGCAUUCGAGGCUCUGUUUCUUUCUCUGUCAGAGCGAGGGGCGUGGAGAAGAAAGGAGGAAGUAACGGAGGGAGCAUUUGAAAUCUGUUUCCUGGAAAGGGCUUGGCCCUGUUUGUGAAGCAGCUCCCGGGCAUUUUUUUUUCUGGUGCAGAUAGGCCGUCCGAGCUGGUGGCAUGGCGAACGUGCGGGAUGCCCUGAUCGCUGCCCUGGAUGACCUCGAAGAUGCCAAGUUCAGGGAGUUCAAGUUCAAACUCAAGGGGUUCCCGGUGAAGUCCGGGUACAACAGAAUCCCCUGGGGCCAGCUGGAAAGAGCCGACCGGCUGGACCUUACGGACAAGCUCAUCAGUUUUUACCAGGAGGACUAUGCCCAGGAGGUGACCCUUGGGGUGCUGAGAGGCAUCAACAUGAACAACGUGGCCAGUGACUUUGCUGCCGCAUGUGGCAGCAGCAAUCAGCUUCCAGGACCACCCGCUAAUGCCACGGCGAGCCGGGCAGGGGAGCAUUUCAUCGAUAGGCACCGGAAAAGCCUGAUUGACCGGGUCACCACUGUGAGCCCCAUCCUAGAUGAGCUGCAUGGGGACGUCCUCCAGCCUGAGCAGUACGAUACUAUUCGGAGCCAGCGCACUUCACAGGAGAAGAUGCGCAGCCUCUACGACUGCGUCCGGGGCUGGAACGUGGCCUGCAAGGAUAAAUUCUACGCGGCGUUGAAAAAGCACGAGCAGCAUCUCGUUGCAGAUCUGGAGGGAAAUUAAUGCAACUUCAAUAUUUUCUCAUGUACAACAUGCAUCUUCCCCCCCUCAAAGUGUCCCCCCACCCCGUGUCAAAAUUGAGGUGUGCCCUAGGCUGAUUUGUCCACCCCGAUUUGAUUCCUGCUCUACUGUGGCCGUACUACUCAGGCAAUGAUUUAAUGACAUGCCAUCAUAUCUCCGUUAACAAUCAUGUCUCCUUUUUUUAACCUUCUUGAGGUUCCACUAAUCAAGGGAGUAUUUCCUCGGGCAUUUUUGCUGUCUGCAAGCUGCUCUGUUUUGUGGCCGCCUUUUCAACACUGUAUAUGCAUCCACGGAGACCAGACUUCAGCAGCAGCUUGCAUUUCAGCUGGAUUUCAGCAGGGAAGGGAGGGUGAGUCAGCUGACGAUUGAAUUUGGCAGGGGGGAAUAUGUUUUCAUCAUUCUGCCUCAAAACCAUGAUGCGUGUCGGAGGCAUGUUGCAUGUGAGAAAGUAGGGCUGAUGAUGCGGCUCUGUUUCCAAGGGGCCCCAAAACGUUGCUGGACACUGCCUUAAUUACUCUUUCAUUAUCGUUCCACCACCUUCUUCCUCUACCUGGCUUCUACAGCAGACGCCUUGCAUAGGAGAGAAAGAGGGGACCGUUUUGGUGAGUCCCAUCGAACGAGAGGCUGCAAGGAGACGUAGCAAUAACAGCAGUACCCUAUUCUCUCACCCCCUUUUUUCCACCCCACCAGCAGCUUGAUUUUCAAUAGUGCCUGUUCUACAUGUGAAAUAUGGUAUGAGCAGGCUCCACCGAGAAUCACAUCAGCAGGGAGCAGCUCCUUCGUGGCUGCAACUCAACAAGGUGCUGCUUAUGCGUCAGGGGUGCAUCAUAUGCGAGAAGAUAUGGUAAUCCCUAUGUCUGGGGAGCUCCUCCCCAGAAGCAGCUGCACUCAAGUGCUUGGCAAAUGAUCCAAUCCCGGGUGGGGGUGGAGCUCUCUGAUGUAGACUCAGGGCCCCUGGGCCCUGGGGUCAUAGCACUGCCCCUCCCACCCUCCCUGCACUGGGAUUGGGUUCCAGGGGCCCAGCAAUGCUCCCACCCCCGACUUCAGAUGUCUCCUCAGCACUGCAUCUUGUCCCGGUCCAGAAGAUCUCAUUAAAACACGGGUGUCCAACUGUAAUACAGCGCCGUGGGCCGGAUCCAGCCAUAUCUUCGAUACUCCAGCCUUAAAGUAUCCCCUCACUGCGGAUGUCUCUGCUAAAGCCAUUUCUGUUUCUGCCCUUUCAGUAAGCUUUGAUCUCUCCCUGGCUCCUUUCCUCUCCACCUGCCAAAAAAGCCCUCCUCACGGAUCCACGAUUUACUUUUCCUUCAAGCCCACUAUUUCCUCCCAGGUUGGUCCCAUCAAAGACAUCAGCCUUGUGGAUCCUUUCCCCCUGCUGUAUCUUCUUAGAGCUAUAUUUUUUUAUCAUGGUCUAUAUGUGGUGCUGUGUCCCAGCAUUAAUAAAAGCA